AUGAGCAAGAAGAAGAAUCAUCUCCCUUCUCUCUUCAAGAAUAAAGAAGGAAAAACCUCGAGCAAAUGGCCUCACCGCAGCAAGAAGCUCAAAGCCAUUUCUCUUCAAGCCAGAGAACGCACCUUCAAGAAGGUAAACUCAGUCUUGUCCAAUGCUGCCAAGUUCAUCAAAAAGCUAAACUCAUCACCCAGGGUUUCCGUAGUGGUGGAAUCCAAGCAGCAGGAGCCCUCUCCAAGGCUGCCAAGUUCAUCAAUGGAGAUGGCUUUUCAUGCACUGAGAUCGGAGAGGUUGUUCUUUGAGAAGGAGGAGACAAGGUCAAUCAUGGCAGCAGAAGCACAUUCUCCUUUCAACAUGUGUGAGAUGGUAACUUUGGAUUCUGAGGAUCCUUACUUGGACUUUAGGGUUUCAAUGGAGGAAGUAGUUGAGGCCUGUGGGCUGAAGUCUCAUGGGCAGCACAGGGAGCAGUUGCAGGAGCUGCUGGCUUGGUACUUGAGAAUGAAUGGGAGGAAGAAUCACGGUGUUAUAGUUUGGGCAUUCGUUGACAUGUUUCUUGGGCUUCCUUCUCCUUCCUCCGGCUGUUCUUUUCCUGAUUGUCAUCAUCAUGAUUAUGCUUCUGCUUCAUCUUCUAGGUUAUAUUGUGGGUGGGGAGUUGAGACUUGA